AUGGUGGUUCGUCUGCGGCUGUCGAGAUUGGGAUGCAAGAACAAGCCUUUCUACCGUGUUAUGGCGGCGGAUAGCAGGUCACCGAGGGACGGCAAGCAUUUGGAAGUCUUGGGCUACUACAACCCUCUCCCUGGUCAAGAUGGUGGUAAAAGAAUGGGUAUUAAUUUUGACAGAGUGAAGUAUUGGCUUUCGGUUGGUGCGCAGCCCUCGGAGCCUGUCCAGCGCCUUUUGUUCCGAGCUGGCUUGUUGCCCCCACCUCCGAUGCUCGCCAUGGGACGAAAGGGGGGCCCACGCGACAUGCGCCCUGUUGACCCGAUGACUGGACGUGUUAUGAUUGAUGGAAAGCGAAACAAUGCUACAUCCAAAGAGGACCCUGAAGUCGAUGAAGUCGACGUGGAUGAUGAAGGCGAGAAAGGUUCUAGCUAA